AUGCCUUGGACAUCGCCGGCGACCAUAGGCAUGCUAGUCACAGGAAUCGCGCUGCUUGGCGUCUUUUUGAUCGUCGAGUGGCGGUUUGCAAAGCUGCCUCUGCUACCAGCACGACUGUUCAGCUACGGCUACUCCACAAAUAUUUUGAUUAGCAUCAACAUUCUCGUCGGCUGGAUUUACUGGGGCAAUCUCUUCAUUCUCCCGUUGUACUUUCAGAACGUCCGAGGGGCAAGCCCAUCCCAGGCUGGGAUUCUGCUGCUCCCCAUGGUCAUCGCUCACGGACUGACAUCAGCUCUUACUGGCAUCAUCAUAUCCGCGUGCGGACAUUAUAAGCCCAUCAUUGUGACAGGAGCGGUCUGUUGGGCUUUAGCUGCGGCAAAGUUGUUUUACGACCAACAAACUCCCAUUUGGGAGAUGAUCGUGGUUGGCAUCCUGGAUGGCGUGGGCGUUGGAUGUUCUAUGCAGCCUGUCCUUGUUGGCCUUUUCGCGGGCUCGGAUCCAGACGACCGAGCCGUUUUGACAGGCCUGCGGAACUUUUUGAGAGAUAUGGGAGGAGCGACCAGUACUACAGUUUCUGGCACCAUCUUAAGCAACGUGCUAUAUUCUCAGUUGAAGUCCAGUUUCAGUAAGGAAACCAUUGCGAAAAUGAUCUCGUCAGCCUUCGCAUUAGAUGAUUUAAAUCUCACUAGGGAGGAAAAGACAUUGGUGUCACAAGGGUACAUGGAAGGGCUCCAUGCGGUAUUCGCCUCUUUCGGUAUACUCAUUGCCAUUCAUGUCUGCGCAUGUUUAUGGAUUCAAGACCAUGGCUUGAAACGUGAUGGAAAACAACGGAAUCAGGAGGAAGAUUGA